GGUGUCUCGUACUCUAGAGUUUAGGGUUUGUUAUGCGCCCACUGUAUAAUUGAAUAGAGAGAAUGGAGGAGUAUGAGGCAGAGCCACCCCCUCCCGGCGUUCCACGUUCCUCACUGCCUCAAAUUGAAAUUGCUGCGCAAAAUGUGGUGUUGCACGAACAAGAGAUUUCUACGCAGAAUAUCAUACGAACUCAAAGAGAAGCAAGAGCUGUGGGUGGCUCUCCUCCUAAGGAUGAUUCGGACAUCUUCUCUGAACGCCUUGAUCCCAGCGCUCUCAAGGAGCAUCUAUUGAGGAUGACCUCGGAACAUCGAGCUCUUAUGGCUGUAAAACGUGGCAAAUCAUCUACUGUCCUUGAUCAACAAGGUAACUUAGAAAUUGGAAACGGCUAUGGUGUACCAGGCGGAGGUGCUUAUCAGGGUGGGACGAGGUCCAAUAGUACUCCGCCUAGGAAUUUGGGAGUUGGAAUCAAUGAAAUGGGACAGAUGAACUUUGAGCGUGAUAAGGACUUUGAACAGAAACCUCCAUCUAAAGAAUUGUCCGAGUAUCUUAAGAAAAAGUUGCGAGAUAGGGGUAUUCUUAAAGAUGACUCAAACAAAGACGACCUUAAAAUAAAAAGUGCUUCAGCUCAACAGAUGGAAUAUGGGAAAUUGCCUCCUGGAUGGGUGGCGGCAAAAGACCCUGCAAGUGGUGCUUUGUAUUAUUUUAAUGAGACCACAGGGAGGAGUCAAUGGGAAAAGCCUGCUGAAACAUCUUCUAAUACACCACUUCCAUCACCUUUAUCCCUUCCGGAAGAUUGGGUGGAGGCUUUGGAUGAAACAACAGGUCACAAGUAUUACUACAAUAUGAAGACACAUGUCUCACAAUGGAAACACCCUGACUCAUCACAGCAAGCUGCAUCUCGACAUUUUGUUCAUUGGGAUGAACAAUCAUCUGAGCUACAAGUAGAAAAGGAUCAAUUAUCCAAACAAAAAAGAUGCAUGGGUUGUGGUGGAUGGGGAGUAGGCCUUGUUCAGACGUGGGAUUACUGCAAUCAUUGCACGAGAAUUCUUGGUCUUCCACAAAGCCAGUACAUGACAACUAGCUUGAAUUUUAAUCACCAGACCACAAGUCCUGCAGAUACCAAAGGUGAUUUGGACAAAAAGGCCACCAUGCAGAGGUCUAAUCAGAAACCUCCAAUGGGAAAAGGGAAUAGAAGAGAGAGUAGGAAACGUGCACACUCUGAGGAUGAUGAAUUGGAUCCUAUGGACCCCAGCUCUUAUUCAGAUGCUCCCCGUGGUGGCUGGGUGGUAGGCCUCAAAGGAGUGCAACCACGAGCAGCUGAUACCACUGCUACAGGUCCUCUCUUCCAACAGCGUCCAUACCCAUCACCAGGUGCUGUCUUGAGAAAGAAUGCUGAAAUUGCUUCACAAACCAAGUCAAGCUCACAUUUAGCGCCUAUAUCCAAAAGAGGGGACGGGAGUGAUGGACUUGGUGAUGCUGACUGAGACGCUAAUCAGUUUUAGUAUUUAUGCUUAUCAAAGAAGAGGGCACUUGGCAGGUACCAGUAUUAUGUCAUGUUGGUCAAAUUAUGAUCUAUGAGUGGUAAACAAAUUCCAUCUUUGGUGUCAAGACAAGCAAAUUGCAUUGUGGGGGUAAGCAAGCAGCUUAAUUGCAACCGAUACAGUUUUCCCUUUUUCUAGAAGUAUGUAGCAGGGUUCCAGACCAUUACCUCUAUACAUUUAAUACAGGAGUACUUGUGAUCGUAGUUUGUAUGAAAUAAUGAUGACCUUUAUACGGAUGGAAAAUUUUGAUCCCAUUAUUUACCUCAUUACCUACAAUUCUUUUA